GUAAUUGAUCCAUCCUUAUAUGUGGCAAAAAUAGAAGAAUCCCAAGAAGCUGAAGACAUCAACCUGAGCAAAUAAGUGCCGAUUUUGUGAUUCUUCAUCUCUUUGUAUUUGUUUAUGAUGAACUAAAUAAUUUAAUGAAUUUUAAUUUAUAUAUAUAAUGUGAAAGAGUAAACAACAGUUUCGUAUGUCACUGUAAAUAACGCCAAUCAAGUCGGCCAUUUUCACUACAUGUGUGGGUAUGUGGUCUGUUGGUGAAUACAGAGGAAUUGUGAAACUUUAUCCUCUAAGAACAAUAUUUUGCGUGUGUGUGUGUGAGAAAGAGAGAGAGGUGGUGUGUACACAAGCAGGUGCAUGCAUAUGCAGGAAUGUACACAUCUGUUGUAGGUGUGUGUGCAUAGACGAAUUAGUGUACGUGUGUGCACAUACAAGAAUCGUUUCCCAUAUUUGUGGAAAUAAAUAUGGUCACAGGUGUGAGUUACUUCAUCUUAGAUUUUUAUACAAUUUGUAUAGGAAAUGAAAAUUGGAGGAGUUGACAUUUCAGUGUUUGUAAACUGUAAUUCAUGUAGCUUUACAGUACCUAUUGUAUCGGGUGUUUUUUUCCUUCUUAAGUUUCCUGCCUUUCCAUUUGUUUGUGUGUGCGCGAGUAUGGAUGUGCGGAUGUGUGUGUGGAUCCACGUGCGUAUGUUGUCUGUGUGUCUCACCUUUCUUUCCUGUUUAAUGGACACUUCUGUAAAAUUUUAAAGAUUAUUUUGCAGAUUUUGAACAUCCUUUUGUAAAUCAUGUUGGUCUUGUGUGUUCAAAAUCUUCCCAAACUUGGAAAUUGCAGUAGUUUGGAAAUUUAUUUUUAUAAAACUUCCAGAAGUGUAGGAUAUUUAUGUGAAAUUUGGUCUUAAGAAGUUUUGUUUUGAAGAUGUUGCUGUUGCACAUUAUGAAAUGAAAUCUUAUGGAUCUCUGUAAGCAGUAACAAUUAGAAUUUUCAAUUCUGCAAAUUCUAAAUUUUUUGAUCAAAGAUUUUUUUUUUUUAACUUUUCAUGAAUGGAUUUCAUAUAUUAUUUACAUGGAACUCACUGGUAAAUCAAAUUGAUAUUAAUAUUUUAUAAACAAUAUUGUAAAAUAAUUAUAAACACAAUCAUUGAAUUAAUGCCAUCUAAAUUCAAUGACUUUUCAAGGCGUGUGGGAUUUUGCCCACUCGUUCACAAUCAUGUAAAAUGCUUUUGUUAGAAGUUCUGACACAUCUUUUAAUUGACAUUUUGUAAUUAAUCUAUUUUUUGAUGAUAAGAAUGAAAGGCAUGUGCCUAACAUGUAUUUCAGUUCUAGACAUUAUUUUAUCUGUUUUGUAAAUAAUUUAAUUUUGAAUGAACUUGGCAGUGUUUAAGAAGACCAGUAAAAUGGUGAAGGAUGUUGAGAGAUCCAUAAAAUAUGAGGAAUUUCAGCUCUCCUCAAACCAGUGGGUUAUUAAGAAAUGCAUUCCUACAGGUAAAAGAGCUGAAAAAAUCCUCUUGCUAAGAAUAGCAAGAGAUUUCAUAAAGUAUUCCUAAUUAUGUAGAUUCGACAUGCAGCUAUAUGACCAUCGCCCUUGUGCUUGGUAAAAUGAAUUCUUGAAAUUGAACAUUAUUGAGCAGUUUCUUUUCAUUAAAUUUUUACUUUAAUAUUUUUCAACUGAGAAGGCUUUCAGUGUGAUAAAUGAAAAAAUGUAUUGAAUAGUUCAACAUGGAAGCACAUUAAUUAUUUCAAGCUGCGAAAAAUUUUAAAAGGAACUAUUUAAAUUAAUUUACCGAUUAUGUAAUGUGAAGAUAACAUAAAAACAUGUUAAUUAUUUUGUUAAAAAUUACUUGGUUCAGUUUAAUUCACAACAAAAUUAAGAAAUUUUCAAUUCGACUAUUUUGAUUUUGUGCUAAAUUUGUUUUCUGAAUAAACGAUUUCGUCAUUGAAUGUGAAUAUUUCUAUUU